AUGCAUGGCCACGUUGGCUUCCCCGUCCAUAAAGCUUACGCCACACUACCGCCUCUGAUAACGUUCACCGGCCGUUAUGUGCUUGUCGAACCACUUGAUGCGAAGCAUAUCGACGAUCUUUACGCCAACUUAGGACAACCAGAACAUCAUGGCCUCUGGACCUACCUUCCCGCCGGGCCUUUUCAAGACAAGGAAUCUUUCACUGAGUUCAUCGGAAGCUUAACACAGAAUAAAGGCUCGGUAUUCUACGCAGUAGUAGACCGGGCCCAGCGGAAAGCAGUAGGAUUCUUCAGUCUUAUGCGUAUUGACUUGGAGAACCGUGUGGUGGAGAUUGGAUAUAUUGUGUUCUCCCCCCUUCUCCAGCGCACAACAGCCGCGACAGAGGCAUUUUACCUGACGGCACGUGCUGUAUUCGAGGAUCUACAUUUCCGUCGCCUUGAGUGGAAAUGUAAUGACCUUAAUGAUCUCUCAAAGCGGGCUGCGGCUCGUUUUGGGUUCACGGCUGAAGGUGUCUUCCGCCAGCAUAUGGUUGUGAAAGGUAGCAACCGCGAUACGGCUUGGUUCUCAAUUAUUGACUCGGAAUGGCCUGCUUUACAAGAUGCUUUUGCGAAGUGGCUUGAUCCACUCAAUUUCGACGGUGAUAGAAUCCAGCGUUGCUCGCUUGGCUCUUUCCGCCGAACUUGA